AUGCCCCUCUCCUCCACCUCCUCGCCGGCGACGGAGGCGGCCGCCGCCGCCGCAGUCCGCACCGCUUCGCCGCCUCUCCGCGCCGCCACCCACGUUUUGUUCAGGCAGAAGCUGGGCUUUCUGGCGGCAUUCCAGGCUCAACGUGCGAAAUGCUCACCUCAUUUGAUCAGAUCUAUUGUAAAAAGUUCUAGAUUAGAUAUCAAUGACGGUGACAAUGGAACAACUGAGCCCGCGAGAGAACUAUUGGAGCGUCUGUUCGCCAAGACAAAGAGUCUAGAUCCAAGCGCUUCUCAGGAUGGGGAGCUGAGCAUGAGCAUUGAGGUCCUGAAGACUGAAUUUGAGGCUGCCAUAUCAAUCCUAAAGAAGAAAGAAAGGGAUCUUCAUGAUGCAGAGAAGAAAGUCUCUGUGGAUAGGUCAAGGUUGAACCAGACGAAGCAGGACCUCGAUCAGAGGGAGGAAGACAUCAUCAAAGCAUAUUCGAGGCAACAUGAAAUGGAGAAAGCACUGAUGAAGGCGAGUAGGGAUUUGACUCUACAAGUUCGACAGAUCAAUAAUCUUAAGGUUCUGGUCGAGGAACAAGACAAAAAAAUUGUUAGUUCACAAGAUGCACUUUCUAAGAAGGUUAUUGAAAUGGAUAAGCUUAAACAAGAGAUGCUGAAGAAGAAUGAUGAAGCAACCUUGAUGCGUUCAGAGAUCGAGUCCAAGGAACAAGAGCUUCUUGUAGCUAAUCAGGCCAUUGCACGUCAAGAAGCAACAAUUAGGGAGCUUCAAAGUGAAAUUAAACGAAAGGAAACUGAGAUUGAGAGAUUAAAUGAAUUGACCAAAGCUAAUGAAGAGAAACUGAAACUUCGAAAGAGGCUCUCACCUUUCGCAAGCAAACAAGUCGAAGAUCAAGCAGCACAGUUGAGUAACCAAGUGCAGGAACUCACAGACCAAAAGGCAUUGAUUAUUUCUUAUACCCGGAAUUUGGAAGCUGCUCAGCUGGAGAUUCAAGGAAAGACAAAUGAGCUCACUGCUGUACAAUCUCGCUGUAGUGAACUUGAAUCUCAGUUACUCGAGGAAACGAAGAAGGUUGAGUCCCUAGAAGCUAUGUUAACCAAAGAAAGGGAGAGCUUGGAAUGGAAAACUAAGGAAGUAGACUUGCUUCAAGAGGAGCUAGUUCAGAAGGAGAAGGAUUACUUCAAUUCACAAAAGCUUGUUGAAACAAAAGAGACUGAGUUGUUAGAGGCCAGACAUGAAGUCGAAGAUAUGAAAUUGAAGGUGGAUUCCAUACAAUUUGCUGUUCAAGAGAAGGAUUUGGAGCUUCUGGAGACACAAAGAAAACUUGAUGAAGUUAACAGUGAAGUUAUUGAACUUCAGCAGCUGAUAAAUAGCAAGGAGGAUCAACUGGUUCAAGUUAGAACUGAAUUACAGGAUAAAGAGCAAUGCAUACAAUUAAUGCAAGAUGAAUUGGAUAAGAUGAGAUUAGGACGCUCACAAGCUGAAUAUGUGGUGCAAAAGAUAGUUGAGCUUACUGGCAAUCUUAUAGGUUCUGUCGAAGGUGAAGAAGUUGACAUUUAUAGCUUGCUGGAUGAUGAAAUUUUAAGCACAAGUACGGCCCUUGACUCCAAUUUGCAUAAACAUAGCCAAUUGAAGGCUGACAUAGACAUGUUAAAAGAAUCCUUACGACAAAAGGACAUGGAUCUGAGUGCUGCUUAUAAAGCGCUUGACGCCAAAGAUCGAGAGUUGAAGGCAGUAGUUGGAAGGUUAGAUGUAAGGGACAAGGAACUAGACAAGUUGGAAGAGUUAUCCAUAGACCCCUAUGACAUCAGGAGACUGUCUAGCGUUGCUGAUGAGGCAACAAAAGACAACAUUGUGGGAGAAGUGGAGCUCCAAAAGCAUGAAUUGGAAUCUGUGGAGGCUGAGGCACUAGCUGCUAGCACUUUGUUGAAGAAGCUUGCAAAUGUGACUAAGGAAUUCUUGAGAAGUGGUAGAACUGAUUCUGGUACCAAUUUGGUAGUAUCUCAAAAUUCAAACAUUAGUGAAGGUGCUUCUAAAAUGGAACCACAAAGGAAAAUUAAUGUGAUUCUUGAAGCUAAAAAGGAGAUUGUUGGGCUAUUUUCUUUGACAGAAGAGCUCGUUGCUGGUGCUCAAAUGAAGGAUGCUGUGGAACCAUAG